AUGGAUAGAGAAUCCAAGCCAAAAAUUCUGUCAAAUAUACAAAUCUAUUUGAAACAACCAUGGGAUCUGAUUAAAACUGGAUAUUUGAUUUUAACAUGGAUUACCAUGGGUUUUCAUCUUGAAUUAAUUGGUCCAACAAUGCCCAUUCUUGCUACAAAUAUUCAAGUUACAUACAGUGGAAUGGGCUCAGUACUUGCAUCGAGAAGUGCUGGGUAUUUAGUAGCAAAUUGUCUCGGUGCUACGUUGCAAAGUAUCGUCAAAAACCAUUCGGAAGGUCUCCUUUUCUGUGCAUUCUUUUUACCUGCCAUUGCCGUUUUUGCUACACCUUUCAUCACCUCGUUGAUACUGAUGUGUAUUGUUUCAUUUGCUCAAGGGAUUUCGAAAGGUUUUACCGACCUAGGUAAGUUCAGAUUGCUCGGUUAUCUAUUUGAAUACAUAUACAUAGGUGGGAACAAUCUAUUAUUGAAAAUGUGGACUGUUAAUGCUUCAGCACCAUUAAAUGCAGUUCAUUUAGGCUAUGGAGUCGGCGCUGUUUUUGCUAAUUUACUCAUUCGUCCAUUUCUUACUAAUCGAAAUAUCUUCGUUCCAUAUUCCAUCACCGCACUCAUAUGUCUUUUGAUCUCUGUUGGACAUAUAUUUCUCUAUAUCCUAGAAAUAAGAAAUCGAAGACAAAAGUCAAGAGUAGAGGAAGUCGAAGAGAGCUUGGAAAAGUCGUCACCUUAUUCCCCGCGUACGUGUGGUCGUGGAUCUUUCCAAUAUGGUUUAAUUCUUUCGAUAAUGUUUAUUGCUUACACAUUUUUCGUGGGUGGAAAUUAUCAAACAUUUUCCAAAUUCUACUUUUCGUUUCUGAAAUUCGAAAAAUUUAAGUUGUCCAAUGAAGAUGCCAGUUGGGGAAUGAUUCUCUUUUGGCUUUCCAGUUCCAAAAAGCAUUCAAAAGUCAGUCGGUCCAACGAAACUACCACUACUACUCCAUUUAGUCCAGAAACCAAUGCUUAG